AUGUCCGAAAUAUGUGGUAUAACCGCGUACAUAGCUCAAAUGACACCAUUAAUGACAGGUGGAACGAAGGAUGAACGAACAAUGAUCAUAGCACCUGCGGCAGCGCCAAUCAUCACUGUGACUCCCAGAGCGAUCAUAUCGACACCCAUUUCAAUUUUGUUAUUCGUAGCAGCGUUGCUGGUGGCACCGGCGGCGACCGAGCUCAAAACAGAGGACGCGGCGCUUACUCGCGAAGUGGCGUCUCCAGCGACCGAGCUCAGGAACGAGGAGGCAGAGCUGACGGCGGCAGAGGCCGCAGAAGAAGCUGCUGAGGCCGAAGCAGACUGCGAUGCAAGCGCCGAUGAAAGCUCCGACGAGGCAGAAGCUGAGUUAGCGGCUGUUGCACUGAUGAGAUAG